ACAGCCGCCAUAUUCUUGCAAUUGCCCUUAGUGCUCCUUUUUCUGUGGUACAUACCUUUUCCCAUCAGAAUGUUUCAUGCAUGAGGCUUUUCCAUGAUUUCUCACCACAGUGACUGAUAGCGUUAUUGUAAAGAAAAUAGCCGAGAAAGUGGUAAGAAUUGUUAUCAAAAAUUGUUCAAAGAGACAUUUGGGUUUGGAACGACGCCGGUGAGCUCGCAACUGCCAAAGUUUCAGUGCUUGGAACUCAUUGUAAAGGGGUGACACGCAAACAAGAAUUAUAACACGCUCAAUAUUUUGGCUGGUUUAUCAGACCUGCAACCGAAGAACUUUUACUUUGGCAAAAACUGCCGAGAAGAAAGCGUUUAUCAAAACGAUGGCGAACACAGCUCGUGCCAGAGUCUACUCGGACGUAAAUGUACACCGGCCUAGAGAGUAUUGGGAUUAUGAAUCGCAUGUUAUUGAAUGGGGUCAACAAGAUAACUAUGAACUUGUUCGCAAACUGGGUAGAGGAAAAUAUAGUGAAGUUUUUGAAGCAAUAAAUGUGUCAAGUGAGGACAUGGAGAAAGUGGUUGUAAAAAUUUUAAAGCCAGUUAAAAAGAAGAAAAUCAAGAGAGAGAUAAAAAUUCUAGAGAAUCUGAGGGGAGGGCCCAAUAUUAUUAAUCUUCUGGAUGUUGUCAAAGAUCCUGUGUCCAGGACACCUGCAUUAGUUUUUGAGUAUGUAAACAACACUGAUUUUAAGCAACUGUACCAGAAAUUUACCGAUUAUGACAUCAGAUUCUACUUAUACGAACUCCUAAAGGCAUUGGACUAUUGUCACAGUAUGGGGAUAAUGCACAGAGAUGUAAAGCCACACAAUGUUAUGAUUGACCAUGACAAAAGACAGUUACGAUUGAUAGAUUGGGGCUUGGCAGAGUUUUACCAUCCUGGACAAGAAUACAAUGUUCGAGUGGCUUCCAGAUAUUUCAAAGGACCUGAAUUACUGGUUGACCAUCAAGAAUAUGACUAUUCCUUGGACAUGUGGAGUUUUGGUUGUAUGCUGGCCAGCAUGAUUUUCAGAAAAGAACCUUUCUUUCAUGGGCAUGACAACUAUGACCAGCUUGUCAGAAUUGCCAAAGUGAUAGGAACAGAUGAGCUGUUUGAAUAUAUCGAGAAGUAUCAUAUUGAAUUAGACCCAAGAUUCAAUGACAUCUUAGGGAGACAUUCAAGAAAGAGAUGGGAAAGAUUCACGCAUUCAGAGAAUGAACUUCUAGUGAGCCCUGAAGCAAUUGACUUGCUGGACAAACUCCUAAGAUACGACAUUGCGGAACGCUUGACAGCAAGGGAAGCCAUGGAACAUCCGUACUUCCAUCCAGUGGUGAGACAGGAGCAACAGAGAUUAGCGCAGACUGUUGUGUCCCCAGUGCCUAUGCAGUCUAGCGGUACACCAACUCAACAGAUCGUCUCGCCUUUACCGUCAGCGCCAACGUCUCCGCUACCAAAUUCGACUCUUCCUGCAUGACCAGAUCAUAACUGUAACCAAACAAAAUUUGGCACAUGGGUGUAGCUGCCGUCAUAGUAAUUAAAGAGAAAAAAAGAAGAAAAAAGAAAAAGGGAGUGUCUCUGUGGGUCAGGUUUUCAACUUUAGAUAGUUGGAUUUUGUUUCGAGUGGGGGUCGUGCCAUUUGAAGCGUUUGUAUUUGU